AUGUUCAAACCCUACACCACCUACCGGGACCGAAAUAAAAAGGAGCUUGCUUGGAGGAGGGUUAGCGAGGUGGUUGGUGUCUCGGUGGAAGUUUGCAAAAAGCGGUGGAAGAAUCUGAGGGACACAUAUGAGGUGCUGAAGAUACUGCCACCACCACACAAGGUGAGACAUCUUGGCCUGAGCUGCCUGCUGCUGCUGCUGCUUCCUCAGCCGGUUCUUCUUCUGUGA